AUGCACAAGCAGUUUGUCAUGUUCGACAUAUAUCUGGCCACCUCAGGUUGGCACGCCUACUCACUUGAACCGGAAGAAUACGUCUUCAUGGCACUCUCCGUCAUCUAUGAUGUCUACUACAUCGGCCGGGCUAUUACACUACAAACUAACAAAGUAAUCCGUGGGAGCUAUAUGCAAGAAAAAAACUGCGAUACUAUUCUUAUUGGUAUUCGGGCUGCUGAUGAGUCCCCGGUAGAGACGAGACGCGUGUACAGCCUGCUGAUGAGUCCCCGAUUUCCCUGCUUAAACUUCAAUGGAGGAAAUAGAUUGAGAAUGGAACUGAGGUUAGGAACAAAGGUAAGAGUUGUGGUCUCCGUCUUCGGCCUGCUAGUAGCUCUGGUUUGCGUCGUAAUAUUUUCAAUUCAAAAAUUAUUAUACACAGUUCUGUGCACCAUCAUAAAUGUGCAGUAUCUGAGAAACAAGUGCAAGGGUGGAUACAAAUUCUUGCAGGCCAUGACGUUCAUUAGCCUUCCUGGAAUAAUUGUUUCUGCAUUUGGACUGUUUGCAUAUCUUGUUUGUGGCUUUCUCGUUUACAAAAGCAAGUCUUUUAGCAAAAGAUAUUCUCUCAAAUCAUUAUUUCAAUUAAUAUUAAAUGCAGUGGCGUAG